AUGCAUGUCUCGCUUACCUCCCUGGAUGGUUCCCCCAAUGUAGAAACUGUACCACACCCUUCCAAACUCUUCGCACAAUCAUCAACUAGCCUUAUUCGAGCUUACGCUCAAUUUAAGGCUCAGAUUAAGGCUUCCAAAGAAGCCAAGCCUGCCUCCCAAGAAGAAGAACAAACCACAGCCAGCCUCAUUCAAGCUUAUGGAAAUGACCUCCACAAAGCAGAAACCAGACCUACCCUUCAAGAAGAAGAAAACGCCAAGUGGUUCACCCAUCCUGAAACCCACAAGCGCUACCUCAUCCACAGCCCUGAUACUCCCAAGGAAAUAGCCAACGACAUCCGCCGUGGCAUUGGCAAAGUCCUCGUCACCAAUCAUGGCAUCCUACGACGUAUAGGCUUUCUCCCUGCCUGGAAUACCUAUACCUUUGCCAUGGUCAAUCCCCCCCAAGGGCCUCACAUCCACUCUGGUGAGUCCAGCCUCAUCGAAGCUUACGCUCAAUGGAAAAUCAAGGUUUCCAAAGAUGCCCUCCGUACGUACGAGCAAAAAGAAGAAAAGCGCAAAGCAGAAGAGCGCAAGGAACGACGCAAGCAAUACAUCAAAGAAAGUCGUGACCGAUGGAUGGCCUCUAAUGGUCAUACCUGUGUUUGUUCCUGUGACACCUGUACAUAUUGACACACGUCGAACCACGAAGGGAGCAAGUUUGAAAUGAAUCCAAAGUCACUCAAGGGCCUGGAACUAGCAUUUUACACAGGGAUCCCACAAAAAUCUUGAUUUUUUGGUGAAAAUGCGACGGUUUUCGAGCAAUAUUUUUUACCCAAAACAUGAAAAAUGACCAGAAAUGACUAUAUUCGUACCCUACGGAGAAUAAAAACCCGAAAAAACGCUUAUUUUAGGCAAAAAACACCAUUAUGUUAAUUAGUCACGUGAUCAGUCACGUGACCCUUAAUUUUCUGUUUUUUAAGGCGUGA